AUGCACCGCAUCCUCGCUCGCAUUCGUAUUGCCAAGCUGCAGUCCGAAAUUCGCGCCAAGGCAGGCAGCGAGACCCAGGGCGUCCCCGUCCGUCGCAAGCGAGCCCUCAGCGCCUCUAGCACCGGCAAGAAGUCGCCCUCCCCCGUCCUUGGUCGCAAGUGA